AUUUUGAAGGCCAUUGUAGCAGAGACUGAACAGCUCCCAGUUUCCAGUGUGUGGGUCAAGAAAGUGUUUUCCGCAAUGGCUUCGGUUACUGAUGUUGGGAAAUUUGAGUCUUUAAAUUUCUCUAUUCACGAAAGAUUAACUACAGUCGCGGGAGAGAUAUUUCAGCUAGUUAAAGAAACUCUCAGCGAGUUUCAGGAGGAGGUUUAUCGCUGCAGGCAGGAGAAUAUUCAACUGAAGAGAAGACUAGCCGAGACCAGCAGCACUGAGCCAGAUGUUCAGAUGAAGCAUGUUGACUUUCCUGUUGAGGACCAGAACUCCAGCCAAGGCCUGGUUGGGGCUGAACUGGACACUGAGACGUCAGCAGUACAAGUGAAGGUGGAGUUCAGUACCCAACUUCAGGAUCCUGAGGCUCAGCAGCCAUUAUGCCAUUAUUCUACACCCACAUGCAACCCUGAACCUUCUCCCGUAGCUCCCACAGAGCUACCUCACGCUCAUUUCCCAGCUCAUGUGGAUGACUCUACCAUUCAUGAGACCGAUGGGGGUCGGAAUAGAGGUCGUAAUGGAAGUCUAGGUGUAUUUAUGAACUCAUACGUUACAGUCAAAUUAGAGCGCUGUGACUCCCAAUUGACUGGCAUUGACCAGCAGUCAUACUCCAGUUUGGUCCAAAAUGGAAGUGGUUCUAAUCACGAUUAUAAAAGAGCUGUAAAAGACGAAGCUGCUGCUCAUUGGGUUCAGUCGUCUGAUGAGCCUGGUCCUGCUCUACCACCCCCACCACCACAAUGCAUGGUAAACAGCAUGACUGGAGAGGAAAUGUCACUAUUUCACUGUAAGGCUUGUCCUGAGACAUUUGAAAACGUUGAGCAGUUCAAGGCACACAUGCUAAAGCAUCGUAAAGAGGCCUGUUUCCAUUGUGAAUUUUGCGGGAAUUAUUACAGUAGCGACUCUGCUUUCCAAAACCACCUCACAACACACACAGGAAAAAAGCCUUAUCUCUGCAGGUUCUGCUACAAGACCUUCAGUCUCAAAAGCAGCUUGGAAGAGCAUGAGAGGAUUACACCCUACAUCUGCACCAAAUGUUGCAUGCAUUUCACCUGGCCGAACCAGGCUCGACUCCACGUGCAGGAUGAACACCCCGACUACCCUGACACAAUCAUCAAAAGGUCAAACAAGCAUGGCCUGCUGGAGGUGGCUCAUACUGGUGUCGAGGAAACUCGCUGCCAGUUGUGCGGAAAGAAUUACAGCACCCGACAACAAUUACAUAUUCACCUUCUAAACCACCCCAGAGAGAGGUCAUAUAACUGCAGGUUCUGCAAAAAGACAUUCAUGCAGAAAUGCCACAUGAUGGAGCACGAGUGGAUCCACACCAAUGGAGACAAAUAUAGCUGCUCGGUAUGUGGGAUGAGUUAUAGGUGGCUACAUUCUGCCAAGGUUCAUAUACAGAAUCAUCACAGACAAAAAGCAAGGAUUCUUCGAAACUAAGAAGACUAAACAUUUUUUAAGGUCCUGAAAAAUGUUCGGAACAAAGAGACUAUUGUGGCUUGAUAUUAUUGCAAAUCUCAGUAAAUCUUGGCGCUAUUUAAUUAUAGUUUAUAAUUUGUAUGCAUUUUUCAUUUAUAAAAAUAGAAAAAAAUAAAAUAAAUGUUAUACAUAAUGCUAAUCUAUUUGCCCUAAUUUAUGCACUUCAUACAUGCUUUUAAAUCUGUAUCUGCUGAUAAAGCUCAUCAGAUAUGUGUGUUUUUUGGAUGCCCAUACAUGUCAGAUAAUAACUUAGUAUGUUAAAGUAAUGUUAAAGUGUUUGAUUGUUAAAUAAAGGCUAUUUUUCCGUCAAAAACAUUAGAAGAUAUAAUAAAACCAAAAUAUAACAUUUAUUAAAUGUUCUUAGCUAUCAGGGGAGGGUAUUUACUGUGUUUAAAUGAAUUAUUAGACGGACUUCAGUAAAAGGACAAUGUUAAAUUGUUAAAUAAAGCUUACUUUUCCAUUAUACACAUUAAAAGACAUAAUAAACCCAAAACUUUGGUGAUGAGAUGCACAACGAUAUUAUUGCAGAUAUCAGUGAAUCCUGGAACUUUUAAAAUAUAUUUUAUGAUUGGUAUUCAUUCAUUUUUUUUUUUAUAAAAAUGGCUAAAAAUAAAUGUACAUAAUUCUAA